ACGUCAGAUACACGGUGCUGCAGAGUGAAUACUGGGAAGGUUUCGUUUCCUUUACAGGUGCUCUUGGAGCCGUUACAGGAGACACGGGGCCAAUGGAAGGAUUCUUCGUGACAAUUUCAGAGGCAGCGUGUCUUGGAGUGAGCCUUGCUCUCUCAGGCUUCUCCUUCUACCUAUAUAAGAAGAGCCGAACAACAAUAGACAAACUCAACAAUGCUCCACGGUUACCCAUAGAUAAAAAACUCAAGGACAUCUUGAAAGUUACUCCAGGAGCGUGUCUACAGUAUGUCGUCAUUGAAGGUGGUGUAAAACCAGCUGGAAAGCCUCUCAUUAGUUGGUACAACAUAGAAAAUGUUGGUGUGCUGCGUAGAUUCAUGGUGAAAGAACACAGGCUGUUGUGGAAUGGAUUUUUACGUACAUGGACAGAUAAUGAACGACUCUUGCACGAAAACGUAGAGGCGGUGCCCUUUUUAUUAGUGGGACUGGAUAAUACCGAAAUCAGAGUCUUGUCGCCUUUACAGGCCGCUGGGCUGGACAUGGAGGUCACAUAUGAGAAAUUUCACCAGGUCAGUCACAGUUUGGGUGACCUCAUGGGACAGUACUUUACUGGGGAGAAGCCAAAAGGUCAACUGGAGAUCGAGGAAAUGCUCAAAGUGGGGACAAAUCUUACAGGUGUAGGCGAGUUGAAUCUGGACACAGAUGGCACUCUGAGUCUCCGACCCCCUUCUAACGGUUCACAGUACUUCCUGACCCCAGCGGACUUCGACACCCUGCAAGGGGAGAAUGAAGACAUUGCUUUUUGGUGGAAAGUGUUGGCCAUUACUUCUGCUUUGGCAGGGGCAGCAAUCAUUUUCUGGGCCGGGUUACGCUACUACCGCCACCUUAAGGAUCUCAGGGAGCAGGAACGGGAAAGAAGGGAAUUUAACAGACUGCAAAUUAAUGUACCAGACCAGGACAACCUUCAAGACGUGGCCAUGUGUGUUAUUUGCCUCAGUCAGCCCCGUAACUGUGUCCUGUUGGACUGUGGACACGUGUGCUGCUGCCACACCUGCUACCAGGCUCUGCCACAGCAAUAUUGCCCUAUUUGUAGACAGAGGAUUGUAAGAGUGCUACCUCUAUAUCAAGUCUGACGUAUUUGUGGAAUCGGGUCACUUCAGUAGAAGCUUCACGUCUAAAUUGCUUAACUUAUUAAAUUCAAAAUUAAAUGUGAGUCAUGUUGUGAAAACAUUUUGUCCAUAAUAGAGAUUUGUUGUGGGAAAUAUGGGGAUAUAAAGCAAGUCAAAAAAAUGUGUAAACUUGUGCAAUACAAAUGUUUGUUUUGCUCAGUGCUCAUGUGCCUUAUUUUACCAUUUUCUGCCGAGUGAUGGUACUUUAAAGUAAAUAGAGUGAUUAUUUUAUAGUGCUUUCCUACCCUACCUGAGCACUCAAAGCACUUUACACAACUUCUCUCAUUCACUGGUUCAAGCACUUUUUUGCUGUGAUUUUUCUACGUAGGUUCUUUCUCCCUAACAGUUACAGUGAUUUGUACUCUGAUGGAUGAAUCAGAGGAACUUGGGGUUAGUAUCUUGCUCGGGGAUAUUUGGCAUGCAGACUGGAGCAGAGUUCAGACAGUUUAAUUUCCAUUCUUGUUUGUAUUGGAAAUUUACUGAAACCCAAAUAAAUCUAAUAUCGAGAA